CCUCCCCGCAAGUCUUUGGCCAACCCACAAACAAGGGCAGAGCUUUCUCCCAAGAGCAAAUAACUCGUGACACAGAUGGGCUACACCCCCAUAGCCAUGGCCAACCCUCCCAAGCCUAUCAGCACCUGCAAAAUCGUACGGGAGGCCCUCACCCUACCCACCAGAAACGUGAGGCUUAUCCUUCCCAUCCUCCUCAUCUCCAUCCUCUCCUCCUUCCUCCUCUUCUUGGGCAACUACCUCGCCAUCCAACCUCUCCACGCUGAUUUGGUUUCCAAGUUGGCCUUCUUGCGCAUUUACAAGCAACGGAGCCCGGAGUUCUCAAACCUCCUUGCCGCCAUCCAAAAGGACUUCAAAGAGCUGGCUGCCGACGAAUUCAUCUUCCUCAUAGUCGCCUUUUUCAUCCAAUCCCUGCUGCAGAUCACAACGAUUCAUGCGCUCACCACAACGUACUCCGGGGAGCCCUUAACACUUGAAGAGUUGCUCUCAAAGGUUAAACGGGGACUGAAGGGGCCUAUGAUCACCCAAGUCUAUGCUGCCUUGUUAAGCCUGGGCUAUCUCCUUAUAGUUCUAACCUUGGCGUUUGCUCCAUUGUUCAUGUUGAAUGUUUCUAUUGCAUUUGUCAUCUUGGAUCUUUUCCUACUUCUCUUGGCACUGCUAUUUCGUAUAUAUUUAGCAACGGUAUUGCUAUUAAGCGCAGUGGUCUCGGUAGCGGCGGAAGGUUGCUAUGGAGUGGAUGCAAUCGGGCGUGCCAUGAAGCUCAUCAAAGGGAAGAAGAAGCAAGCGAUUUUGAUCAGUCUUCUCUAUUAUCUACUUGUAGGUGCGACUUAUGCAGUUCGGAGAAUGGUUGUAGCCUCCUCUCCUCUCUCUACAGCAACUCUAGUGGUGGCAAGAUUUGUUAAUGUCGCCUUGUUCACGGCCUUGACGUUGUUUGCCUUGUCGGCGUUCGUGGUGUUCUACUAUGAGUGCAAGGAGAGCCAUGGAGAAGAGACGAUUGCACUUGCCGGAGACUUUAAGUACAGUAGUUUGUCUACUACUGAUGCUCAUGUUGCUAAAGAACUUCCAUGACUGGCUAGCUGGACUAGGUCGUGGUUGAAACUACUUUGGCGUGUGUUAUCCCCCUAAUCUUCUCCUAGUUUCAGACGUUGCCAGUUGUAUGAGUUAUGGUGCUUGCUCUUCCACCUUCCUCUGUGAGUGGAAGACACCAUAAACUACGUAAUGGUGAACAUGUUUUUAUGAAGAAAAUAAUGGGGAACAUGUUAGAUA